UCUCUCUCUCUCUCUCAUUUUUCAUUUCUCCCAAACCCUCACCAACAGCAACAAAAAGCAAAACUGAUCAACACCAAAGAAAUAUUACCCCUCACAUGAGAUUAGACCCAAAAAAAUAUGGCUAAUUCAGCUGAAAAUUUGGUUUGUGAUUCCAAAAGGCCUUUCCAACUCUUUCAUGGUGAAGUUUAGUAGCAUUUGAUUCAUCAAAGCAAGCAAGGAAAGAAACCCAUAUCCAAGAAGCUCUCUUAGUUUAUGCACACUUGAAGAAAUUAGGGUUUGAGAAAGUAGAGAAAUGGAUCCAAUUACAGCACAUGGCCGUCCACUUCCACCUCCUUUUCACACCAGAGAUCUUCAGCUACACCAUCACCAAUACCAGCACCACCAGCAGCAAAAUUCAGAGAACGAACAAAGCGGAAGCAUCGGCUUAAAUCGGGCUCAGAAACGGGAAGAUGACAACAGCACCAAUAGCUCGGGCGGUGGUGAAGGCAAAGAAUUAGCUCAGCUAACCGGAUCAGACGGGGAUCAGAUCACAAGAAGGCCCCGAGGCCGACCUGCCGGCUCCAAGAACAAGCCGAAGCCGCCCAUCAUCAUCACUCGUGACAGCGCAAACGCGCUCCGAUCACACGUGAUCGAAAUCGCCAACGGCUGUGACAUUCAAGAGAGUGUGUCCACCUUCGCGACGAGGCGGCAGAGAGGGGUUUGUAUCUUGAGUGGAAAUGGAACUGUCACCAAUGUUACCCUAAGGCAGCCGGCCUCUCCCGGAGCAGUUGUCACCUUACAUGGAAGAUUCGAAAUUCUCUCCCUCUCCGGGUCCUUUUUACCACCUCCGGCGCCGCCUGCUGCCUCCGGAUUGACCAUUUAUUUAGCUGGCGGUCAAGGCCAAGUGGUCGGUGGUAGCGUUGUUGGUCCUCUUGUUGCUUCCGGUCCUGUGGUCAUUAUGGCGGCGUCCUUCGGAAAUGCGGCCUAUGAGAGGCUUCCGCUAGAGGAUGAGGAGGCGCAGGUUCCGGUUCCGGGAAGCGGCAGCCUUGGGUCACCGGGAGUGGUUGGCCAACAGCAACAGCAGCAACAACAGCUUAUGAGUGAUCCUAACUCGUCUCUACUUCAUGGGUUACCUCCUAAUCUUCUAAAUUCAUGCCAAUUACCAGCUGAGGCUUAUUGGGGCACAGGUCGGCCUCCUUUCUAACAAGGAACUGUUUUUUUUCUUGGAACUUGAUUUCACUUGUCUUCCUAGUGAUCUUACUACAUUCUUCUUCUUCUUAUUGGUUUAUAAGAUAGUUGUGUUUUGAGAUGUUAAUUAAUCUGGUUAUUAAUUAGCUAGCUAGUGUGCCUUAGCUUUGAAAGAAGAAGAAGGAAUGUACAAAUUCAUGAAGUAGUACUUGUUGGUGGAUUUGAUUUUGUCAGCAUAGCUCUUGCAAGUCACUCCAUGUGAUAAAAGCUAGGAUUGCAAUCUCUCUUUCUCUCUCUCUUCAUCAUUUUCUGUUGCACCUCUGGUAACUUGUCUGAUAAUUGUUCUUUCACUCUGAAGAAAAAAAGCUACCACUUUUCAAUUAA